AUGACAUUAUCGAAAGGACUCAGAGACAUGAGUCAGCUAUUUCUGACCUGUCAAUACAGCGAAGAAGGAUAUGGAGAAGCGGAUUUCGGGGAAAAGAGUCGUAAGACAAACUGGAAAGGAGAAUCAGACGGUCGCGAUAAUGAGAAGAAAGAAAAAGCAGUAGCUUGCGAGAAGUUAGAAGACUUAGUAAGAAUGCUGGGACCGCUUUUAAACUGUGGGAUGGGUAGCAUAAAAUAUAGUUUGCUCGUGUAUCACUCGAAAGAAAUUCGAGAUUGCGAGCAUUGGUCGAAAGUUUGCGGUUUUUUCUGCCGCUUUCAUGUAUGUCGGAGGGCUGUCUUACCGAACUAUCGUGCCGCUCUCAAAAGGACGAAUGCUGACACCGAUGAACACUACGGGUUUCUCACUUACUCGGUGACGUGCGGCGCGGCCGGCUUAGCUGCGUUCUUUAUUAUGCACGUUUGCGGACAGCUGAGUAUUUUAAUUGGUAAACUGCAGCAUCUAAAUGAUAUGAAGCCUGAAGAUCGAGCAGUUGCGAUAUUGUUGGCUGAUAUCGUGGAACAUCAGAUAAAAGUAAAGAAUUUUUUGAAACAAGUAGAAGAAGCUAUGCAAUAUAUAUGGUUAGUAGAAAUAGUGGGAUCUACUGUACUUUUAUGUCUUACGGGAUACUACGUUAUUAUGGAAUGGGAACGUAGCGAUUCUACAGCUAUGUUAACUAUGUUUGUAAUACUCACAUCUUUCACUUUUUCCAUUUUUACUAUUUGUUAUGUUGGUCAACUUUUAACAGAUCAGAGUAUAAAAGUUGGAUUGAUGACAUCCAUGACAGAUUGGCAUCGUCUUCCGCAUAAAAGAGCUCGUACUUUAAUUUUGAUAAUAGCAAUUUCCAAUAUUCCAGCAAAAAUUUCUGCUGGCAAAAUGAUCGAAAUGUCUCUACCCACGUUCGGUAACAUUAUCAAAACGUCAAUGGCAUACUUUAAUUUACUCCGGAAAUUUAUUACGUGAUUUUGUCCUUUCGAUGAACUACCUCGAUGAAAUACCUUUCAGGGUUUCAUUGACACAAUAAUACACAUGUAUUGAUCUA